CGAGAACCUAACUGAAUUGGAAAACGUUAUUUGCUUUAACGAAACCAUUUACUCUUGUGCAACUUUAAAUUGUGUCAAUCAAGCAAAGAAAGGAAGAAAGCCUUAUUUAUAAAAUUGUCUGCUUCUGAUUUUACUUCAUUGCUUCUCCAGCUCCAAGAGAGGAAGAAAAUGAAGCUUUCUGUGCUUGGCAUUUUUCUGUUUUUAUGUAGUACUCCAGCCUGGACAAAAGAUAAGCAUUAUUACAUUGGAAUUAAUGAGACAACUUGGAACUAUGCCUCUGACAAGGAGGAAAAGACACUUAUUUCAGUUGACAAGGAGCAGUACAAUAUCUAUCUUCAAAAUGGCCCAGACAGAAUUGGAAGAAUAUACAAGAAAGCCCUCUAUCAUCAGUAUACAGAUGAAACCUUUAGUGAAACUAUAGAAAAGCCAGAUUGGCUAGGGUUUUUAGGCCCUAUUAUAAAAGCUGAAACUGGAGAUAAGGUUUAUAUACAUUUUAAAAACUUUGCCUCUAGGGCCUACACUUUUCAUGCACAUGGAAUAACCUACUAUAAGGAGCAUGAGGGGGCCAUCUAUCCUGAUAACACCACCGAUUUUCACAAGGCAGAUGACAAAGUGCUUCCAGGAGAGCAGUAUACAUACAUAUUGGAUGCCAAUGAAGAACAGAGUCCUGGUGAGGGGGACAGCAAUUGUGCGACUCGGAUUUACCAUUCCCACAUUGAUGCUCCAAAAGAUAUUGCUUCAGGACUCAUUGGACCCUUAAUAAUCUGUAAAAAAGAUUCUCUGGAUAAGGAAAAAGAAAAAAAUCUCGACCAAGAAUUUGUGGUAAUGUUUUCUGUGGUGGAUGAAAAUCUCAGCUGGUACCUAGAAGACAAUAUUGAAACCUACUGCUUGGAACCAGAGAAAGUUGACAAAGACAAUGAAGACUUCCAGGAGAGUAACAGAAUGUAUUCUGUGAAUGGAUAUACCUUUGGAAGUCUUCCAGGGCUCUCCAUGUGUGCAGAAGACAGAGUGAAGUGGUAUCUUUUUGGGAUGGGUAAUGAAGUUGACGUGCAUGCAGUUUUCUUUCAUGGACAAGCAUUGACUAACAAGAACUACCAUGUUGAUACAAUCAAUCUUUUUCCCGCUACUCUUGUGGAUGCUUUUAUGGUGGCCCAGAACCCUGGAGUGUGGAUGCUUAGCUGUCAGAAUCUAAACCAUCUGAAAGCUGGUCUGCAGGCCUUUUUCCAGGUUCAGAGCUGUAACAAGUCUUCAUCAGAGAAUGAUAUCCUGGGGGAAAAUGUUAGACACUACUACAUUGCUGCUGAGGAAAUCAUCUGGAACUAUGCUCCCUCUGGUAUAGACAGUUUCACCAAUGAAAACUUAACAGCUCCUGAAAGUGACUCGGCAGUAUUUUUUGAACAAGGUCCUACAAGAAUUGGUGGUUCUUAUAAAAAGUUGGUUUAUCGUGAGUACACAGAUGCCUCCUUCACAAAUCGAAAGGAAAGAGGCCCUGAGCAGGAACAUCUUGGCAUUCUGGGUCCUGUCAUAUGGGCAGAGGUGGGAGACACCAUCAAAGUCACCUUUCAUAACAAAGGACCAUAUCCCCUCAGUAUUGAGCCGACUGGGGUGAGAUUCAGCAAGGACAAUGAGGGCACAUACUACGCCCCACAUUACAGCCCCUCAAAAGGAAGGGUGCCUCCUCAUUCAGCCUCCUAUGUGGCACCAGAGAAAACCUUUACCUAUGAAUGGACUGUCCCCAAAGAAGUGGGACCCACUUAUGCAGAUCCUGUGUGUCUAUCUGGGAUGUAUUAUUCUGCUGUGGAUCCCACCAAAGAUAUAUUCACUGGGCUUAUUGGGCCAAUGAAAAUAUGCAAGAAAGGGAGUUUACAUGCAAAUGGAAGACAGAAAGAUGUAGACAAGGAGUUCUAUUUGUUUCCUACAGUAUUUGAUGAGAAUGAGAGCUUACUCCUGGAUGAUAAUAUUAGAAUAUUUACAACUGCACCUGAUCAAGUGAAUAAGGAGGAUGCAGACUUUCAAGAAUCUAAUAAAAUGCAUUCCAUGAAUGGAUUCAUGAAUGGGAACCAGCCUGGUCUCACCAUGUGCCAGGGAGAUUCAGUUGUGUGGUACUUGUUCAGUGCUGGAAACGAGGCUGAUUUACACGGGAUAUACUUUUCAGGAAACACGUAUCUGUCAAGAGGAGAAAGAAGAGACACAGCAAACCUCUUCCCUCAAACAAGUCUGACACUCCUCAUGCACCCUGACACAGAAGGGACUUUUGAUGUUGAGUGCCUUACAACGGAUCACUACACAGGUGGCAUGAAACAAAAAUAUACUGUGAACCCAUGCAAGCAACUGUCCGAGGAGGAUUCCACUCUCUUCCUGGGAGAAAGGACCUACUAUAUUGCAGCAGUCGAGGUGGAAUGGGAUUAUUCACCACACAGGGAAUGGGAAAAGGAGUUGCAUCAUUUACAGGAUCAAAAUGCUUCAAAUGCAUUUUUGGAUAAGGGAGAGUUUUACAUAGGCUCAAAGUACAAGAAAGCUAUAUAUCGGCAAUACACUGACAGCACGUUCACAGUUCCGGUGGAGAGAAAAGCUGAAGAAGAACACCUGGGAAUUCUAGGUCCACAACUUCAUGCAGAUGUUAGAGACAAAAUUAAAAUUGUCUUUAAAAACAUGGCAACAAGGCCCUACUCAAUACAUGCCCAUGGGGUGAAAACAGAGGAUUCUACAGUUACUCCAACAUUACCAGGUGAAACUCGAACUUACAUAUGGCAAAUCCCAGAAAGAUCUGGCGCUGGACCAGAGGACAUGGCUUGUAUCCCAUGGGCUUACUAUUCAACUGUAGAUCAAGUUAAGGACCUUUACAGUGGAUUGAUUGGCUCACUGAUUGUCUGUCGAAAAUCUUACAUCAAGGUAUUCAAUCCCAAAAAGAAACUGGAACUUUCCCUCCUGUUUCUAGUAUUCGAUGAGAAUGAAUCUUGGUACUUAGAUGACAACAUUGAAACAUACUCUGAGCAUCCCAAGAGAGUAAACAAAGAAAAUGAAGAAUUCAUAGAAAGCAAUAAAAUGCAUGCUAUCAAUGGAAGAAUGUUUGGAAACUUACAAGGCCUCACGAUGCAUGUGGGGGAUGAGGUCACCUGGUAUCUGUUAGGCAUGGGCAAUGAAGUGGACUUGCAUUCUGUGCAUUUUCAUGGCCACAGCUUCCAAUAUAAGCACAGGGGCAUUUAUAGUUCUGAUGUCUUUGACGUUUUUCCUGGAACAUACCAAACCCUUGAAAUGUUUCCCAAAACACCUGGAAUCUGGUUACUCCACUGCCAUGUGACUGACCACAUUCAUGCUGGGAUGGAAACCACCUACACUGUUCUGCCAAAUGAAGCAUGUUCUCAGACUUACAGGAGGACAUGGAACAUGAACUAUCUAUUCACAGUCAGCAUGAUUAUCUUAUUCCAAAUGUCUAUCAAGGAAUAGCCAGGAGAAUAAGAUCCUCUGAUGUUCUCAAGGGUGUGGUAUCAGGAAGUUGUCUCUUAGAUAAUCUCCAGGUGUACUGUGAUAUGAGCUUGUAACAGAGCUCCUGAAGUACCACAUCUGGGAGACAGGCCACCAGCUGCGCUUCCCAAAAGUCUACCAAGAGCUGAGGAAUCGUAUCUUCAUCCUUACCACAGAGCACCUUAAAAACAGAAAAACAGCCCUUGUGUCCCAAAUAAAUACAGCACUGAUCAAAUUAUAGCUAGACUGAAUACCACACCAUCAAGUGGGCCGUGAAAAUAAUGCUUUAGUACCAUGGCAAAAACAAACUUAGACAUUCUUAAGAAGAAAUAGUUGUUGGUUGCAUGGUUGCAUGAAUAGAGUUUCUCCAGAAAUAUUCUGUAUUUGUACUUUUAUGUUACUUAUGUGUAAGCCAGUUUUUUCAAUAAAGAAAUAAAAAUCUCACUUCUUAUUGU